AUGGCGGACCCAAGCGAUUCCAAGGUCGCCGAGGUCUACGCCCGCAUCCAGACCCAGCGUCGCAUCAUGGAAGGCAAUCAAGCCCUACGAGCCGCCACCAACAACCCCGACGUCAUUCGUCAGGCCGAAUCCCAGAUUCGAGAAGCGCAGCGAAACAUCUCCUAUCUCCAAGAGUCGCUCGACAGUCUCAAAUCGCGUCGCGCCAGUGGCGGCCCCGGCUUUCGCACCGACAGUCCCACUGGCAGCACCACUCCUGCCGACUCGAGGCAGAGCUAUGCCUCAUCCAAAACCAGCACAGGCUCCAUCGGUCCAAAUCGCACCUAUCCCGGUGAUAGCAGCUCCUCUUACAUCGGCUCCAACCCGCCUUCGCCCGCCGUCAACCCUCGUCGCUAUGACGGACGUUCGCUCCCACCCGCUCCAGACAAUGGUGCUUCUGCUGGCCCAGACGGCUCCUACGCUCAGUAUGCCAGUCAGGCCUCCUUAGGCGCCGGCGCUUACGCUCCGGCAGGUUCCGAGACGUGGCAGCCCGCGAUGCACCGCAUGGGCACCAGCGCAAGGCGCAACUACACCAACCUCGAUCUGAUCAAGGACGAAACCCCGCACACCACCGCCAAGAUCUCUCGCAUGCUCCAUCAACUCGAAUUCAAGCUGCAGAUCGAAAAGCAAUACAAGCAAGGUAUUGACAAGAUGGCCAAGCUCUAUCAGGCCGAAGGCGAUCGCAAGAGCCGCAACGACGCCGAGAGCAAGCGAAUCGAGAGUCAGAGCAAAAUCGUGCUCCUCCAGCAAGCACUCAAGCGAUACAAGCAACUCUACGUCAUGGAAGAGGAGGAAGACAACGCCAGCCCCGAAUCCGUCGAGAACCGAAAACAAAACCUGCGCAAGCCGCUCUCCGGCACGCUCCAGAUCUCGAUCCGCAGCGCUCGCGAUAUCGACCACGCACCCGUCCCACGCGGCUCUCGCUCCGUUCGCGAAUCCACCGUGGUCAUCAAGGUCGAAGAUACGCCCCGCGCUCGCACCCAUCCCAGCCGCAACGAGCGCUGGCAAGAAGACUUUGAGAUCCCCGUCGAUAAUGCCAACGAGCUUGAAGUCACUGUCUACGACAAGCUCGGCAACGCGCAUCCCGUUCCUGUCGGUAUGCUCUGGAUCCGCAUCAGCGAUAUCGUCGAAGAGCAACGUAAGAAGAAGUUUGGUCAGGUGCCCGAUGCCUCACAACACGCUCAUGCAGCUAGCGAAGGCUGGGUCACCGCCGACAGUGUUCAGCCGAGAGGCGCUCCAACCUCUUCUGGUCCCGGAUCGACUCACGCAAUGACGAAUCCCAUCAAUGGCCACAGGUUCGGGUGGCACCAGUUCUACCAGGUGCUCCGUUGGGCUUUGUGGGACGAAUUCUGGCUCAACGCUGCUGGAAGUCAGUGCGAAGACUGUCGCUAUGCUUGUCACAAGAAGUGCGCGCAGAAAGUGGUCACAAAGUGUAUUUCCAAGAGCAACGCUGAAGCCGAUCGAGACGAGGUCAAGAUCAAUCACCGCAUCCCGCAUCGCUUUGAACCAAUCACCAACCUCAGUGCCAACUGGUGCUGCCACUGCGGUUACAUUCUGCCGCUUGGACGCAAGAACGCACGCAAGUGCUCCGAGUGCGACAUUACCUGUCACACGGACUGUGCCCAUCUGGUGCCCGACUUUUGCGGAAUGUCGAUGGAGAUGGCCAACCAGCUGCUCAGCGACAUUGAGACCAUCAACCGCGUCAAAUCGUCGGCCAAGACGCAGCAGCAGCAGCUUCCGCCUCCACCAGCAGCAUCGCACCACGCGUUCAACGCUAAUGGCGGCAGCGGCAUGGCAGCCACUCCUCCCGGACGUGUUGCUCCGCCGCAAUUGCCUCCUCUCUCCGGUGCAGGUCCCGACGGACGUUUCACCAGUCUCGAGAAGCAAACGCAGCAGAUGUCGCUGAAAUCCAGUGCGGCUGAGUCUCCUUACAGUUCCGGUCCAUCUCAGAGGAUGCAAGCUGUCGAGCAGCAGCAGCAGCAGCAACGACCCGGCGCAGGACCCAACUUUGGUGGUCGCCCUCAACCGCCUCGCAUUGGCGAUGUCAUGUCGCCCUCCCCUGCUGACAACCGAAUGGGAGACAUGUCGCGACCUCCUCGGCCUUUACCCCAGCCAUCGAAUGCUGGCUCUGCCAUGCAACAGCAGCAGCCGCAACAGCAGGGUGGCAUGUACGGCGCACGUCCUCAGCCUCCAUCUGGCUACUCCGUACAGCCACCUGCUCCAUCUCAGCAGCCACCGCAACUGAAUCAAAUGCCAGCGUCGCAGCCUCCCCUAAAUGUUGUGCCCGCCAAGCCUCUGCAGCAGCAGCUGCCAUCGCAAGGUCCGCGUCUCGGCUUGCCUCAGCAACAGCCCGUUGGCGCUGGCGCUUUGGUGCCGGCUGGUGCUUCGCAGCAGCAGCAACAGCAGCCACCACGAUUGCUCCCCUCUUCUCGACGCAAAAUCGGCCUGGAUGACUUCAACUUUCUGGCUGUGCUUGGUAAAGGAAACUUUGGAAAAGUGAUGCUCGCGGAGGAAAAGCGUUCGGGCAACCUAUACGCCAUCAAAGUGCUCAAAAAGGAGUUUAUCAUUGAAAACGACGAAGUCGAGUCGACCAAAUCCGAAAAACGUGUUUUCCUGGCAGCUGCACGAGAGCGACACCCGUUCCUGCUGGGCCUGCACUCGUGCUUCCAGACGACGACUCGAGUAUAUUUUGUCAUGGAGUACAUCUCUGGCGGAGAUCUGAUGCUGCACAUCCAACGCGAGCCUUUCACACCCCGACGAGCCAAGUUCUACGCUGCUGAGGUGUUGUUAGCCUUGGAAUACUUCCACAAGCAGGGAAUCAUCUACCGUGAUUUGAAGUUGGACAACAUCAUGUUGACGUUGGAUGGCCACAUCAAGGUGGCAGACUAUGGGUUGUGCAAGGAGGAGAUGUGGUACGGCAACACCACGAGCACGUUUUGUGGUACGCCCGAGUUUAUGGCGCCUGAAAUCCUGCUGGAACAGCGAUAUGGAAGGGCGGUGGAUUGGUGGGCGUUUGGUAUUCUAAUCUAUGAGAUGCUUUUAGGACAGGCGCCGUUCCGCGGUGACGAUGAGGACGAGAUCUUUGAUGCGAUUUUGGAAGACGAGCCGCUGUAUCCACUGCACAUGCCGGCAGAUUCCGUGUCGAUUCUGGAGAAGUUGCUGACGAGAGAUCCAGCGCGUCGUCUCGGCUCAGGCCCUACAGACGCCGAGGAGAUCAAGUCGCACCCUUUCUUCAGGGAUAUCAACUGGGACGACAUGUUCAACAAACGCGUCCCACCGCCGUUCUGCCCAACACUCAAGAACCCCAGUGAUACCAGUUGGUUCGAUACCGAGUUCACUAGCGAGAAGCCAACCCUCACUCCGGUCCACUCGGUGUUGAGUGCGCAGGAUCAGGCUGAGUUUCAGAGCUUCAGUUGGACCGCUCCGCAUGUCAUUUGA